UGUUACACCCGUCAAUCCCGCCGUUGCCGAGCGACGCGGCGCCAUGGCGGCGGAGACGAAGGAAGCCACGGCGAUGGCGGAGGCGAGCAGCGAGGCCGCGGCGGCCACGGCGCUGUCGGAGCUCACGGCGCUGCUCUCCCCAUCCUCUCCCGCCGCUCCCGAAGCGGCCGAGGCCGCGCUGGCUCUGUCCGGCAGCGCCUCAGGCCGGGCGCUGCUGGCCUCCAACCCCCGCGCCUUAUCGGCCUUGGCCGCCAUGGCCGCCUCGGCCUCGCGUGGUGCCCACACGGCCUUGGCCGCUCUGGUGAACGCGUCCGCCGAGCCCGCGGCGCUGGAGCCGCUUCUCGCGGCUCUGCCGCCGUUGCUGCCGCUUGUCCCGAGCUCCAGAGCCGUUUGCGGGCUCCUGGCCAACCUGAGCCGCGAGCCCGAAGCGGCCCCGCGGGUGCUGCGGGCACUGGGCCCCGGCGCGGAGCCGCUGCUGAGGGCGCUGAGCGGGGCCCGGCCCCCGGCGGAGCUCGGGGCGCUGCUCUGCAACCUCAGCCAAGCGCCCGAGGGCCGCCGACUGCUGGAGCGCUCCCGGCCGCUGGUGCCGCGGCUGCUGCCGCUCAUCCGGAGCCCGGACUCGGCCGAGCUGCGGCGCGGGGUCGUGGGGGCUCUGCGGAACUGCUGCUUCGAGCACGAUUGCCACGCGUGGCUGCUGAGCCCGGCGCUGGAGGCGCUCCCGGCGCUGCUGCUGCCGCUCGCCGGCCCCGAGGAGCUGCCCCCGCACGAGACGGAGCAGCUGCCCCUGGAGCUGCAGUUCCUGCCCCCGGAGCAGCGGCGCGAGGAGGAGCCGGAGAUCCGCCGGAUGCUGCUGGAAACGCUGCUGCUGCUCUCGGCCACCGGCGCCGGGCGGCUGCAGCUGCGCUCCCGAGGCUCCUUCGCGCUGCUGCGGGAGCUCCACGCGUGGGAGAAGCACCCGGGGGUGCUCCGCGUCUGCCGCCAGCUCAUCCAGGUGCUGAUUGGGGACGAGCCCGAGGCGGGCAUGGAGAACCUGCUGGAGGUGAAGGUUCCCGAGGAGCUGGAGCGGAGCCUGAGGGCGGCUGACGAGGAGGAGGAGGAGGAGGAGCGGCGCUGGAGGAAGGAGCAGGAGGAGGCACAGGCGGAGAGGAGGUGACGGCGGAAGGAGCCCGGGGGACACGGCGGGGACGCGGUGUGGACACCAGGGGUUGCCAUGGUGACGGUGAC